AUGGUGCCUAUAUUCCUUCUUUGUUUAUCCUGUGUGACAUUAAUCGAUUCGACAGUUCUUACAGAUGUACCAUUUAAGCCCUGGCUUGAGGAAGAUCCGCCUACUGUUGACGACGAUUUAAUGCAUUUUAUUCCAGACAAGACGUACACGGAACAGAAAGUAAAUAUACAAUUAUUCUACGAAUGCCACUGUCCAGGUUGCAGAGAGUUUGAGACCACUGAAUUUAAUGAAACGGUCGUUAAGAUGAAUGAGUAUCUUGAUAUUCAAACUUAUCCGUACGGAAAUGCUAAGACAGAAGAACAUAACGGUAAAGUGGAAUUCAAAUGUCAACACGGGCCUACAGAAUGCUACGGAAACAAACUUCACGCAUGUGCCUUGGAUAUAAUUAAAAAUCACACAGCUGCGUUACAGUUUAAUAUCUGCAUGAUGGAGAGUUCACAAGAAAAAGAGGGAUCGGAUGACAGAGCCGCUGAUAAGUGUGGAGCACAUAUGGGAAUAGAUUCAACACCCAUAAAAUCAUGUGCAAAUGGAGCAAAGGGCAUAGAACUGCUACAAUACUACGGAGUGGAAAGCAAUAAAAUUAAUUACCAGUAUGUGCCAUUCGUUCUUAUAAAUGGAGAGGAGUAUCAAGGAGAAAAUUUAGUCAAAGCAGUAUGCAAUUAUUUCUCGGAACCACCACCACCCUGCGUUUUUAUAGAAAACUUAAAAACAAUUGUCUGA